AUGCGUCCACAAUCGCAGUGCCUUGAAUCAUUUUUCAAGAGUCAUCCGGUUCAACCAAAAGAGGAUGGGGAAAAUUUACCAUUUUCAAAUGUUCGUCGAGUGUUUUAUAGAAGCCAAGACAAUAUCAAUAGGGUUUGGCUUUCUUACUGUCACAGUUCGAAGGCCAUGUUUUGCACAGUGUGUCUGGCCUACAGCAAAGCUAGUGAAUCCAAUGCAUUUACUGAUGGCAUGAAUGAUUGGAAGCAUGUUCACCAACGAAUCGAAGAACACGAAUCGAGUAAACACCAUUGCAGGAGUGUAGAGGCACACAUUAUGUCGAGCAAUGACAAGGACGGAUAUAGCUUGCUUUUUUCAAAUCAAAAAAAUGUGAGAGCUGCUCAAGUUAAAGAAAAACGGCAAGUUCUAGAACGUGUGAUAGAAAUUGUUAAACUUAUUGGAAAGCGAGGACUUAGUUACAGAUCUAUCAAUGACGCAGCCUACUGUUUGGACAAUGUCAAUAUUGACCACGGGAACUUUUUAGAAAUUUUAAUCCUUCUGUCUAAAUUUGACCCGCUUAUGAAAAAUCAUCUUGACAUCGUGAUGGAGAAAAGUAAGCAACGACAUGUCACGUGCGCAGCAUCAGGAACGAAGGGACGAGGAGGGUUAGUAACAUUUAUUUCAAGCACUACUGUCAAUUAUGUAAUUGAAUCUGCUCGCCGUAUGAUUAAGGCAUCGAUUGCAGAUGAGAUUCAGCGUAAAGGAUCAAUGCUCGAUUGUAAUCCGAUAUGUUAA